GGGAGAUUGAGACAGAAACCACAGCCCCUGUGAUUAGAGACAAAAAACAAUUUAGGGACCAUGUGGAUUAAGUUUUUGCUGUGGGCGGGGCUUGUGCAUUUCUCCUUCGCCCAAAGUGACUCGAUCUCCUGGCUUAACUACUUGCGCAGUCGAUCCUACAGAUACAGAUACGUCUCGAAUCAUGGUGACUACUACGCGUCCCUUCAAGCUCAACAUGACACUGAAGCACAAGACUGCCCCCUGGAGUGCGAGUGCCCUCCGGCCUACCCUAACGCCAUGUACUGUCACAACCGCAACCUACAGCACGUGCCCUUCGUGCCCUCACGCAUGAAGUACGUGUACCUGCAGAACAACCGCAUCACUGGGAUCACAGACGGGGUUUUUGACAAUGCCACCGAGCUCGUGUGGAUCAUCCUGCACAUGAACCAGCUGAAAUCUGACAAAAUCAGCAGCAAGGUCUUUGCCAAGCUGCCCAAACUAGAGCGUCUAUUCUUGCAGCACAACAAACUUGAGCAGGUCCCAGAAGGACUUCCUCAUUCCCUCCAGGACCUGCGUUUGGACCACAACGCCAUCACAACUGUGCCUCCCGGGUCCUUGCGUGGAAUUAAUAAUCUAACAGCUUUACGUCUGCAUUAUAACGCCAUUCAGGAGCUUGGAGGUGCUGUAGAGUCCCUGGCCUCACUCAGCUUUCUGGAUUUGCGUGGGAAUCAGUUGUCUAAGGUUCCCAAGCAGCUUCCAACCAAGCUGAGUCAGCUGUACCUCGACAACAACCUCAUCUCUUCUGUGCCUGUGGACUUUGUGAAGAAGCGACCCGAGCUACGCUUUAUGCGCCUCUCACACAAUCGGCUCACCGACGCUGGAGUUCCACCAAACACUUUCAAUGUGAGCACGCUCACGGAGCUGGACCUGUCCCACAACAAACUGGAGAAGAUUCCAGCCAUCAGCACAAGCCUCCAGAACCUCUACCUUCAGGCUAAUCGCAUCAAAGAAUUCUCCAUCAGCAGCUUCUGUCAAGUUAUAAAUGUGGACAACUACUCCAACCUGCAAGUUUUGCGGCUGGAGGGAAACAAGAUCAGCCCUCGUGAUGUGCCCCCUGAGGCUCUGCUCUGCCUGCGCAAAGCCACAAGUAUCAACCUUUAGGCAUGAAAUAAGACACCAUGCUGACAUCAGCAACCAGGCAACAUGACCGUCAUAAUUCAAGAACAGGGCUGAAUGUAACCUACAAUGAUUAUUGAUGGUCAUGCUACUGGCAUAAAUACACAAACUAAGUAUUAAGCAACUAAUGCAUGAAUAUAACCUCUUUGUAAAUAUACUCAUGGGAAUUUACUAUAGCAGUCGUACUUGACACUUCAACACAUUUAGUGGGAAAUCAUGCGAAAGCCCACACAGAGCGAACUCGGAUAUGCGUGGUUUCCUUUCUUGCUCAACAAGUGUGUUAAAAGGAAGUGAGACCCGUCUCACACUGGUGAUCAUGAGAUGAUCAAAUGCAAUUACUUUUUUUU